UUUUUUUUGUAGUGACAUGGGCAGGGAGGAAGAGAGUGAUAAUAAUUGAUAAACAAACAACUCCCACUAUAACCUAAAACUAAGCCUUGUAUGUAGCAAUACUAGUAGUGAAUUGAGUCAAGAAGAUUUGUUUGUUCAACCCAUUGUUUUCAUCUUCAUACUAGAUCCUCCUCCCUCAACCAAAAAAACAAAAAAAAAAACAACAUUUUUUCAUUCAACAAUCUUUGAUUUCCACCAUUUAAAGCUCAUUCAAACUGGGUUUAAUGCCUGAAAAAAGCAGUUACAGAAAAAGAAAAAUGAAGAGUUACUUGGAAGAAUAAGAAGAGACAAUAUUCUGAAACUGUAUAUUCAAGGUUAUUUCGAUUCUUUUAGACAAUAAUUCGACCUUUCCCAAUAAAUUUGGCAUUAUGCCUUCAGGAUUCAAUGAAUCCCUAACACCGUAAUCGAAUUCAAGGAUUGUACUUUCUUGACCCGACAAAGAAACACACUGUAUAAGGUUCUGAUGAUGCUUUUUAGAGAAGAAGAAAACAGAUUGUUUUUGAUGUGUUGGAAUGGGAGAACAUCUUCGCUACUUAUAGUGAUAUUCAUGCCUGUUGGUGGUUUAUGGGAAGAGACGAGUGUGUUCAAUUUUGAAUGGAAACUUCUAGAUUUUACAAAGUAAAACCAGAAAAAAAUUCCGUAUAACUCUGCGUAGCGGCAAACUUGCUGGUGUUUGGUUCAUUCAAGUCUUUCACCGACCCUUCUUGAUUGAUUUUUUCAACAAUGGAGUUUGAAGAAGCCAGUAAUAUGAAACCUUCUACUUCCUUGGGAGGGAUUUCAGUACACAAUCGUUCUAAGAGUUUUGGCAAUGACAGUGAUCAUUAUGAGAUAGUCAAGGAAGAUAACUUGAAUAUCUUACUUGUAGCACCUCAUCGUCUUAAGCUGGAUAUGGGACAUAUGAGGGGAAAUUCUGAACCAAUGAAUAAGGAAACGCCUAACACCAAGCUCCAAAUUUCGCUGAAACAAGAGAUUCUACAGCUUGAGAAACGGCUGCAAGACCAAUUUGUUGAAAGGAAGGCACUUGAAAAGGCAUUGGGAUACAAGUCCUCCUCGCAAUAUACUUUGGAUGAAUGCUCAAUUUCAAAGCCUGCCACUGAGCUGAUAAAAGAGAUUGCGGUACUUGAACUGGAGGUCGUGUAUUUGGAACAGUAUCUUCUCACAUUGUACCGGAAAGCAUUCGAUGAACAAAGUUCGAUCUUAUCUCCAUCUACCAAGGACGAAACAUUAAAAUCACCUAAGGUCUCCAGACUUGGUCUCACACCGAAGAUAGAAAAUCUAGAGGUUCAAUCUAGUCGAUUUCGAUCACCUCGAGAUUCAGUUACCAAAUCACAGAGAAAUCAUGUCGAAGUCACUGAGAAGCUAUUAGAUUCUGGUAUAGACCGCAGCCAAUCUUCACUUUCGCAACAUUCAGCUUUUUCGACUAGAACCUCUCCUCCAAGAGAAAAUCAUGCCAAAUCAUUACAAUCAAGCCAUUCACAACCUCUUUAUCUUGAGAAUGCAGAGACUAAGACUUCAACGUCGAACAUUAUCACUUUGGCAGAACACCUUGGUACUCGUAUUUCUGAUCACAUUCCUGAAACUCCUAACAGGAUCUCUGAAGAUAUGAUUAAGUGCAUGUCCACUAUAUAUUGCAAGCUUUCAGAUCCUCUUACAAUGAAUCACGGCAUCUCCUCUUCUCCCAUUUCAUGUUCAUCUCCUAUAAGCUCAUUUUCUCCUCGGUAUCAGUAUGAUAUGUGGAGCCCCCGGUGCAGGAAAGACUUUUCUUUCGAUUCACGAUUAGAUAACCCUUUCCAUAUCGAAGGAUUAAAAGAAUUCAGUGGUCCUUAUAGCACAAUGGUUGAAGUGCCUUGGAUUUAUGCGGAUAGCCAAAGGAUGAGUGAUAUUGAUCACUUGCUUCAAAAUUAUAGGUCACUUGUUACUCGUUUGGAAGAUAUUGAUCUUCGAAAGAUGAAGCACGAGGAGAAGCUUGCUUUCUGGAUCAACAUACAUAAUGCACUAGUGAUGCAUACGUUUUUGGUCUAUGGGAUUCCACAAACUAGUCUGAAAAGAGUAUCGUUACUCCUCAAGGCUGCAUAUAAUAUUGGGGGUGAAACUAUUAGCACUGACAUGAUUCAGAAUGUUAUUCUGGGAUGUGCGGUGCCUCGUCCUUCACAGUGGUUUCGGACAUUGUUUUCUCCAAGGACAAAGUUUAAAGCUGGAGAUGAUCGGAAAGCAUAUGUAAUUGACCAGACAGAACCUCUUUUACACUUUGCACUGUGUUCAGGAAGCCACUCCGAUCCCGCAGUCCGUAUGUACACACCCAAGAAAGUGUUUCUUGAGCUAGAAUCUGCAAAAGAAGAGUACAUUCGUGCUACCUUUGGUGUACGAAGCAAGGUACAGAAAAUCCUUCUGCCAAAGAUCGUAGAAUCGUUUACGAAGGAUUUAGGUUUAUGUCCAGUGGGUUUGUUAGAAAUGAUCCAAAAAUGUAUGCCAGAUAAUUUAAGGAAAACCAUGAAGAGGUAUCAACAACAAGGAGGGUUCCCUCGCAAGAGCAUCGAGUGGAUUUCUCAUAACUUCACUUUCCGGUAUUUGAUAUCAAAGGAGCUAGCGAAAUGAUUGAAUUUGCACUAAUUUAUCCUCCACAUUAAACAAAAUACCAAGUGAUUCUUCAAUUUUUUCUUUUUUCCUUUUCUUUUAGUCUCAUUUCUUCUGUAAAUAAGGUGGAUAGAACAGCAUCCUGCAGGUUGUAUAUGUAAAAAACACAGUUUAAGCUGCUAUAUCAUCUAAUGUGAAGUGUCUAUGAUUCAGUAAAUUUAGC